CCUACUACUACAGCUGCUGCUGCUUCAACCUGACUGUUGUGUUUCAGUCUGCAGCUCGUUGGUCACAUGGCAGCCAUGAAGAGCAUCCUGGGUCUCCUGGUUCUGUUUGCAGUCUCAGCCUGGACCGAAGCCAUGGUUGUGAACAGAGCAGGUGCAGACAGUGACACAGAAGCUGAGGGAGGCCUGUCCGUCUCAGAACUGCUGGGCAGAGCCAACAGAAACCUCAACCCCAUCCAAGAUGGCUUCCAGCUGCGAGGCGACAUCGCUGUUCCCAACCACAGGAACGCUGACCCCUGCACUCAGACUGGCUGCAUGUGGCCUAAAGCCUGUGAUGGCAACGUUUAUAUUCCCUAUGUCAUCGCCAAGAGCUACACCGCCAAGCAGCUUAGUGUCAUCACAAGUGGCCUCAACUCCUUCUCCAACUCCACCUGCAUUCGCUUCAUCCCCUACACAAACCAGACAGACUACAUCUACAUACAGUCUCUCAGUGGAUGCUACUCCUAUGUGGGUCGUAUUGGAGGUCAACAGACCGUGUCACUAAACUCUGCAGGUUGCAUUUAUUUUGGAGCAACCCAACAUGAGCUGCUCCACGUUCUGGGCUUUGACCAUGAGCAGUGUCGCUCCGACCGGGACCAGCACGUCCAGAUUCUGCUGCAGAACGUCAUCCCUGGUAUGGAAUAUAACUUUAAUAAGAUCAACACUCUGAACCUGGGAACUCCUUAUGACUACAACUCUGUGAUGCACUACAACAGACUGGCUUUCUCCAAGGACAAUGUGAGUCCCACUAUUGUGGCUAUUCCCAACCCCAACACUGUGUUUGGCACAGCCACACAGAUGAGCCAGAACGACAUCGACCGUAUCAACCUGCUGUACUGCUCCAAGAAGCUACGCUGACCUUCUUUUGAAUCUGAUCAUCGUCAUCAUGAGUUAAACAUCGUGUCACUACAGUACAUGAAGAUGUAGUAAACAUAUUAUAAUAUUUACUCAUUCUUUUGAAACGAAAUAUUGAGCUUUUUCCAAGUUUUUUUGCCCCACUGAAAUGAAUAGAGACAUGCACAACGCCUUAUUGGUAAUGCACCCUAACAGUGUGUUAAGGAGUUAUUUUGCAAUGAUUGAUACAUGAAUUUGCAAUACAAACGUUUUUACAACAGUUACAUUAAAGUUGUUAAAGCUUUUUCCUGAGGAAUAAACUCAACAUUAAUGUAUUCAGAAUGAUUUGCAAAUUCAGAGCGCAAUGCACCAUAACAUAAACUUGCAUGAGAACAAGUGACCCUUGCAAUUAUUAAAAUUGUGAAGUCUUUAAAAAUCCGCAUUUCAAGGUGGAAAUUUGUGAUAAUUACAUUGUCACAUUAUUAUGUGAAGGUACAGUAUAGUGGUGUUUCAUUUUAUCAGCCUUCGAUUUUUUCUUGUCUGAAAUAAAUAUGCAUAAUCACAUAAGCUUUGUGCUUCAAGCUGUUAACCUUUGUUCU